GUACGCACAAGUUCGGUUGGGAUUUUGGAAAGCGGCGUGAACUCAUUUCCAAAUCUGUGCUGUGCUCUGUGCCAGUGGACACAAGCAGUUACUAUUACAAAUAUUAUUAGUGCUUGCCACAUUGUUGGCUAGUGGUGGAACGGCAGCUGUUACAAGCGUUUUUUUUUUGUGUUUUGAACUAUUUCGAAAACGGUUGACAUAAAUGCGGAAAUUACUAUUUGAUAUGCAGAGUGACGACUAAUUUACUACUACAACUAAAGUUAUUGAUAUUUUGAAUUUGCGUUACAAGAGCUGUAACGCAAUCACUCCGAUUUCUUACUGAAGCGCUCUACGCUUUAUUUGUUGUUUCUAAUCCCAACCGCUAUUCGCCUGAAACGGGAAACCGAAAAUGGAGCGAAGCAGUCAAAGUGCUGCUGAAAAAUGAAAGUACAUAAAUUAAACUCAAAGUAGCCGCCCAAAAACGCAACGAACGCCCCGAAGAGGCGAACAAUAAACUAACAAAAACACCAAAUACAACAAAUACAACAAAAACAACAAAAAAACCAAAAUCACAACAACAAAAAUAGCGCAACAACAAAGACAAGUGCUGGCAAAAACAUAGCGCAGCUUAGUGCACACUCAAAUAUAGCAGUGAAGUGCAGAUCUUAUUUCAGCGUUGCAUACAUUUGGGCGGUAACGCGUGCCAUCUUACUCGCUUAACGGAAAAAGUGCUGAAAAAAGUCGAAAAAAAUACGCAAAAUUAUAAAAAAAUCUACGAAGUGCAAUCGCUGCAAAUUUCGUACAAACGCGGAGUGUGCAGCAAAAACAAAAACAAAAAAGAAAAACGAAAACGAAAAGUGGCAGUAGAAAGAAGUGCAACGCUGCCAAAGAAGACGUGGCGUAUUAGUAAUGCUUUGUUCCGAAUCGGCUGUGUGUGCCAGAAGUAGAGCAAAGUGCACAAAAGCUUUGUCAGUGGGGAGUCUGCCAACAGACUUCAUAAUCAGCAUCAUCAUAACCGGUAACAAGAACAGCAGCAACAGCAACAACAAGUACAACAAGUACAACUAGUGCAACAAAAGCAACGGCAGUUGUGUUGAACGUGCUAGCCGGCUGGCCAUUUAAGCAUAGCCUCGCCACAACUUUAAAUAACCGUUAUUCGUCUUCAAUUUUUUGCAGCUGCUUUAAACUCUCUCCGUCUCACACCGCUCCUCGCACUUCCUGCACUGGUCAACAUCAACACGAGCCUGCAAUAUCCUCUAGCUCCAGCAAGCGGUUCGCCUUCGUUGCUGUCUGCCAGUCGGUUUGAGGAACGACCAUAAAUUAAACAACCAAACCAAUGGCAGCACAACAACAGCGAUGCUAGUCUUUCAAACACGGCAAAAGCCAAGCGCCGAGUUUAGAACAACUUUAAACGAAAUUAUAUAACUAAAUUCUUGCUGUUCAAAUAUAUGUAAAUUCAAAUACUUUGAACCAAAAUUCUAAUCGCAAAAAAUCACUUUUAUGCCUACGAAUCAUAAAAAGUAAACAUAUUUCAUUAAAAUUCUAGCUGUGUAAAGAGCAAACACAUAUACGACAUUAAAAAGCCAACAAAAGCAACAACUAUGCAGCUUCGUAGUUUAGUGCAGCACAACUCGCACAGUAGAACGAUUAGAGGCAGUCGGUGAAGCGCACAUGCUUUAUUAGUCCAAAACUAAAUUUAAAUCAAAUAGAUAUAUAUAAAUAUUAUUAUUAAGUAGAAGCAGCAUUAGCAUACAUAGACAUAUAUAUAUAAACGAUACACACACAUACUUAAAGCAAACCGCAUAGAUAAAGUAUUUGUAAUCAGAGCAUUAAGUAAUUAAAGCGAAAGGGCAAAUUCGAGCGCUAACUAGUACGCAAAAUACUUUACAAAUACAUACAUACAUAUACAAAUAUAAAUAGCAACAAAGCACGAGCUUCCUAGUAGAGACCUCAGCAAUUAGGAAAAUAUGAAAAGCGAAAAUUAACACACAACAAAAAGCGUAAAACUAUUCAAGCAACAACAAAGUACACACAUUCAUUGCGCCACACGCAGUUUUGUACAUAAAUCGAAAGAAAGAAAGCUGAAUCCGGCAGCUGCAAGGCACCAUACAAGCACAGAGUCGCAUUGCAAAACAUAGCAUAUUUACAUAGAGAGUAAGCGCCAUCAGCUUGUAAGAUAAACUCACUUACUCACGUACUCACGAAAUCACACGCUUCAAUUGAGCCGGUGGGCGCACGCUUAAUUUAGAAAGGAGUAGCAACGCAAUCAUCAACUGCAAAGCUUAAGUGAGCAGUCGCGCACAGCAUCAGCAAUCGCCGACACGCCUACAAACCACCCACACAAACACAGCCACGCAAGAGUUAUAGAACACACACUCGCUAAAGUCCAAAGCAACCGUCCAAUUUGCGAGCCACAACGGUGACAACGAAAUACAAACCACCAAACGACGGUUGAACAGUUGCUGUUGUAGAGUUGACACGGUCGACUGCGAGAGCUUUACGCAGCAUUACUUUACUUAUGGCCAAAGAACGCGUACGCAGCGUUUAAAAUUUGCAAGGGAAACUUAAAACACCCAUACACUAACGAAAGAAGAAGGAGAAGAGCACACGAGCACCGAAAAUGGCGCUAAUAUUGUUAAACAGACAGCGGUCCAGUCGCGAUCGCACACAAUUGGCGAUCUUCUGUCUGCUCUUGGUGUGCACAACAACGCUUAGACUUGUCCACGGCGCUGAGACGCCGAACAACGGUAGCAGCAAUAAUUUGGCUGCCGUUGGCAACAAACCAAAUGAUGAUAAAGUGACUCGUAGUACGGACGUGGCGGGGGCCAACUCGGACGUGAGUGCUGUUGCUAAAGCCGGCGGUGCCGGUAGUGGUGGUGGAGGUGACGCGGCGGACGUUGGCGGUGACACACCGAAGGCAAAUCAGAAUAAUAAUGCUGGUGCUAUAAGUAGCAAUGAUAAUGGUGUUGUGGAUGGUGAGAGUAAUGAUGAUGGUGAUGAUGAUGAUGGCAAUGCUGAUGAUGCUAAUGGUGGCGAUAAUGUCACCGCCUUGUCGCAGCACAGCGGCAGUUCAUUGCAAUGCAAAGACGGUCUGUUGCUUAAAGUUUGGAUGCCAAUUGACAAUGUGAGUACCGGUGAUCGCGUUGCGCGGGGCCUUGUGUACUUCCUGGCGAUGUCGUAUUUGUUCAUUGGCGUUUCAAUUGUGUCAGAUCGUUUUAUGGCGGCGAUUGAAGUGAUCACGUCCAAGGAGAAGGAGGUGGUUAUCAAGAAGAAGGGCGGCGAAACACAGGUGGUAGUGGUGCGCGUCUGGAAUGAGACGGUCGCCAAUUUGACGCUGAUGGCGUUGGGUUCCAGCGCACCGGAGAUACUCUUGUCCGUUAUUGAAAUGUUUCAGAAGGGUUUCGAAGCUGGCGAUUUGGGUCCGGGCACAAUUGUCGGCUCAGCCGCAUAUAAUUUAUUUGUCAUAAUAGCCCUUUGUAUUGCUGUCAUACCGAAUGGUCAAGUGCGCAAGAUCAAACAUCUGCGGGUAUUCAUUGUAACGGCCGCUUGGUCUCUGUUUGCCUACGUUUGGUUGUACUUGAUCUUGGCGCAGAUUUCACCGGGGCGCGUCGAAGUCUGGGAGGGUCUAUUGACAUUUAUUUUCUUCCCCACUACCGUCCUGACGGCUUAUAUAGCCGACAGACGUUUGUUGAUUUAUAAAUAUCUGGACAAGAACUAUCGCAUGAAUAAGCGUGGCGUUAUUGUGAGCGCCGAGGGCGACGCUGUACUCGAGAUGAAUCGUCAUGAGAGCAUCAAGGAGCUGGCCGAGAAUGAAGAGAUGAAAGACUUCGAGGAUGCACGACGUGAAUACAUUUCAACGCUGAAAGAACUGCGUAAGAAGUACCCACAAAGCGAUCUGGAGCAAUUAGAAAUGAUGGCACAGGAGCAAUUGAUUAAUCGAGGCCCCAAAUCACGCGCUUUCUAUCGCAUACAAGCCACCCGCAAGAUGAUGGGCAGCGGCAAUAUAAUGCGCAAAGUGCAGGAACGUGCUCUCACCGAUCUCAAUGAGGUGAAAGCACAGCUGCAGCGCGUCGAAGUGGAGGCCGAAGACGAUGAUACGACGGUACGCAUCUGCUUCGAGCCCGGCCACUACACUGUCAUGGAGAGUUGUGGUGAAUUUGAGUUGCGCGUUGUGCGUCGCGGUGAUUUAUCCGGUUAUACGACCGUCGACUAUCAAACGGAAGACGGUUCCGCCGAAGCCGGUAGCGAUUAUAUUGGUAAGAAGGGUGUACUCACCUUUCCGCCGGGUGUCGAUGAGCAACGCUUCAAAAUCGAAGUUAUCGACGAUGAUGUUUUCGAGCAAGACGAACAUUUUUAUGUGCGUUUAAGUAAUCCGUCGGAUCCGGCAAUACUGGCUGUGCCCAAAGUGGCCACUGUUAUGAUACUCGAUGAUGAUCAUGCGGGCAUAUUUGCCUUCAAUCAGAAGACGCAUGAUUUCGCUGAAUCCAUUGGUACAUACGAUUUGAAGGUGCAACGUUAUUCGGGUGCUCGCGGCAAGGUGAUCAUACCGUUUUGGACAGAGGACGGUACUGGUAAGGCGGGCAAGGACUACGAACCAGUGCAGGGAGAGUUGGUGUUCGAAAAUAACGAAACUGAAAAAUUCAUUCCGCUGGGAAUCAUUGAGGAAGGCAGCUAUGAAAAGGAUGUGCUAUUCUACGUCAACAUCGGCGAACCCAUCAUCGCGCCAGAUAAUAGCAUUAAAACGGAAGCACUUAAAUUUCUAAACAAGUUUCUCGACGAUGAAAUGGUAGGACUUAUUGAGGCCGCCGAGAAGAAGGCACCGGAGGAACUAACGGAGGAGGACAAAAUGGCCUUGCUGGGUCGUCCCAAGUUGGGCGAGGUGGUGCGUGCCGAGCUGCGCAUCAAGGAGAGCAAAGAAUUUAAGAACACUGUGGAUAAAUUGGUGCAAAGGGCGAAUGCGUCACUGCUGAUUGGCACAUCGUCGUGGAAGGAACAGUUUGCGGAUGCGUUGACGGUAACUGCUGGCGAUGAUGAUGGCAAUGGCGAUGGCGGUGAGGAUGAUGGGCCUUCAUCGCCUUCAUGCUUCGAUUACAUAUUACAUUUCCUAACGCUCUUCUGGAAAAUCAUAUUCGCAUUCAUACCGCCAACAGAUAUUGCCAACGGUUAUUUGUGCUUUGUUGUAUCGAUAUGUGGCAUCGGCAUGGUGACAGCACUAAUUGGUGAUGUGGCAUCACAUUUCGGUUGCACGCUCGGCGUUAAAGAUGCAGUAACGGCGAUUUGUUUUGUAGCGCUCGGCACCAGUCUGCCAGAUACAUUCGCCAGUAAAGUGGCCGCCAUACAGGAUAAGACGGCCGAUGCGAGUAUCGGCAAUGUGACGGGUAGUAAUGCUGUGAAUGUCUUCCUUGGUAUUGGUGUAGCGUGGACCAUGGCUGCUAUAUACCAUGAAUCGCAUGGACGGGCCUUCAGAGUGGAGGCGGGCACCUUGGCUUUCUCGGUGACACUUUUCCUAUCGGGAGCUUUGAUUGCCGUUUUCCUGAUAAUGUAUCGACGUAAGAAAUCCAUUGGCGGCGAAUUGGGCGGCCCGUCACCACAAAAAUACAUACACAGCGCCAUUUUCUUCAGUCUGUGGUUGAUCUACCUAAUAAUGAGCACUUUGGAAGCGUACGAAGUCAUCCAAGGAUUCUAAAGGAGCACAAAACACAAAGGUCACAGAUAGUAUGGAUACAACUACACACAUACCUACUUACAUGCAAACUUACCUACUUACUAUCUUCUUAAUAGCCAAAAGCAAAAACUAAAUUAAUUAACAUACACACACACACACCCAUACAAGCAUAUAAAAAUACAAAUUUAGAGGCAUCCAUUAUACAAUAAGCCUACCUACAUACAUACAUACAUGCGAUACUAAUGCAUUAGGUACAGUUUAAAGUGCAUAAAGGAUAUGAAUUAAGGGAAAGGAGGAAACAGAAAUGUUUGCGAAUAAAUGAAAAUCAUAAGUGCAAAGCUAUUAUACAAAAAACAAAUUAUUAAAAAAUGUGUUUGAUAAAAAAUUAUGCAAAUAUAACUACAAUUCGCACUGUCCUUCAUUAAUAAUUAUAAAAAGGAAACAGUUUAAGAAACCAUAAAUUUGAACUACAAGUCUCAUCAGGAGUUGAUAGCUCAGCUAAAACGAUUUCUUAAAUAUCUGUACAGAAAUAGCAAGCUAAUAGUAAACUAGUGGCUGGAGCAGUGUUAGGUUCAUUCUCCAAACUCGUAGAAGAUUUCUUUAAGUUCUCUACUUAGCAUACAUACUAUAUAUUAUGUAUGCUAAGCUUACAUAAUCGACAUGCUCUGAAACGCUACACGAAAUACUAACGAAUGAGCAGUUCUUGAGUUUAUUUUAAGAGGUGCUUCGGAAAAAUCUCCUAACAUUCGGACUACUUUAUGAAGCCUUCGAGAAAUUUUGGCUAAAACUCUCAUACUGCAUUGAAAAAGUAACUAGGAAAAAGUGGUGUAACGUAAAGGGUUUGCUAUAGCAGAGAUGUCAAUUAAGGAAAAGGUGUUGUGAGAAGACAAAGAGAAAGAGAACUGAUCAUUAUACAUAACUAAAUAUAUGUAAAAAUUCAAUAGCUUCGAGAGCGAUGUUGAAGGAGAACUUAACUCAUGAAUACAAGGACCACAAUUAAACCCGUUUAUAGCAGUUUUGACUUGAAAAUAUUUUCUCAAUUUUUCUUUGGUACGGAUGAGCAUCAAAACGAAGAAACAAAACAAUUUAGUUCACUGUUGUAGACACUCUCGGCUCUCUACUACUUAUGCCUCCAACCCUUUAACGCACAUACUCUCAACUAUGCGACGGCUUGAAGAACAACAAAAGAGGUCUUCCAUUUAAACGGUAAUCUUUUGUUUUGCACUAGGUUUGGGUAAUCAGUUCGAUUUCCGGUAGCAGCACGCAAGUUUUGAAAGCUAGCACGAAGUUAAGCUUCUUUUAUGACUCGAAAGUGUUUUUAGUGAGUUGAAAAAUGUGCUGGAGGGAAGGCAAUUAGGUUUGAGCGGAGGUCGACGAUGGAUCAAAAUUUUAAAAGGCAUAUUUUUAAUUAAGCCAUAAAAUUCUAACUGUCUUCUAAGCUUAUAACGGAACUUUGAAAUAAUGUUAAUUCAUGAUAGUUUUUUUUGGCUGAGAAUGUCAACUUUUGUGAGCAAAAAACACUCGCACAUAAAACCACUUUUCUAAAUAAAAUGUCAAAACCCAAAUUUCUUAAAAAACCGAAAAAAGCAACAACUAACUAAGGCUAAUAAAAGGGUAGGAUAGUCUGGCUUGAAAAUCAUAGCAAAUUUAAACCACACAGGUUGAAGCGAAUACAGAAAAUAAUAGCAACAAAAUUGCAGCAAGGUGGCAACCAUAGUUAAAGUAGGCAGCAGAACGAAUGUUAACAGAAAAAAGCAACAAAAAUAUUAUUAAAAAAACCAUUACUAGCAAAGCAAAAUGCAUAGGAAAAUUAAGAAGGAUGAAUGAAGGGAAGUCCAAAAUAAAUAUAGAAAAAGGCAAAAUUGCAUAAUGAAGAGAAACAAUCAUUGAAUUUUUGUCUCAGAGUCCAGGCAACAUUUUAAGGAGCAAUUACAUAAUUACACGCAUUGAAGCAUAGGAGCAUAGGAAGCAUAGGCGCAUAUAAGAUAUAGGCUAAACAAAUAGAUAAAGCAUAGUUAAAAGUAGUGAUUUGAAAGCAAACUAAAACAAAAACAAAAACAAAAUGAGCAAUAGCGCGCGAUAUUUAUGUAGCAAGGAUGUGGGGCGGCCAUUUUACGCUGUGCCACCAUGCACAGUUAUACUGAAGUACUUUAAAAAUGUAAACGAAACAUCAAGUAUAAUUACAACAAUAAACAAAAGAGGCAAAAUAUGCAAUAAACUUGUAUUACUAAAUUUAAUUUAUUUUUAUAUAUAUUAUAAUGAUAAUAUACAUGCAUACAUAUGUAAUUAAUAAUGUAAUGCAACUAAGUUAUGCCAUUAAAGAUAUACAGAAACCCAAAAACAAAACAAAAAACAAAUGAAGUAAGAAAUUGAAUACCAAGCAGGAGGAAGAAACAUAUUUGCAGAGCGAUAGCAAUUUUUAGAGAAAUUUUAUUGUUAUUGUAUUAUUCUUAUAUUGUAUGUAUAUGUAAUGUGUAUGUAAUGUUAAUUUAGUAACAAAUUGAUAAUGCGAAGCGAAUGCAAAGCUGUGGUGUUAAAGUAGAAAAUGAGUAAUAAGAAGAAGAACAUGUACGAGAAGUCUACAAUUUAACGAAUCGGCAGCGAAGAGAGGAGUGCAGUUUUUAAUAGAAAUAGACAAAAAAAAUAUUGUAAUGAUGCCACAAGAUGCCGUUUAAAUACAGGGCCUUCCAUAAUUAAACGAUUUUUAAUAUGUAAUUUUUAUAAAUUUAAGUAUUAAUUGUUGCAAAGAAAAGCUUACAUGUUUUUAGAUAUUUUUCUUGUAAUAUAUAUAAAUUGAAAAUAAUAUAGAAAUUUAAUUAAAAUUGUUAAUAGUUUUUAUUAUUAUAAUUUUUGAAAUUUAAUUGCGUGCGGGUAACUUAAUAUUUGUUGCUUAAAAUAAUUGAAUAAUUGAUUUUUAUAUUUUUUGAUUAUUUUUUUGUUUCAUAAAUGUUCAUGUGAAAUCGCUCUUGAGAGAGUAGCGUGAUGAAAUGUAUGCGAUUUCUAAUUAAAUUGUAAUAAUUAGUACAAGCUCUGAUUAGUAACAACAGACUAAAUGAAAAGCUUUCACUUAGAAAAAUAAUUAGUAAAAGCUCUCAUUAGUAACAAGGAACGGAGUAAGAAGCUUUCACAAAGUUAAUAAAAGUUAAAAAAGGCUCUUGAUAAAACUCUUAUUAGUAACAGGAGACUGAACUCAAAGCUUUCACCAAGUAAAUAAAGUAGCAAAAGCUCUUGAUAAAAACAGCAAAUUGAGUGUAAAGCUUUCACUUUCACAGCAGACAAGGUGCUAAACUUUCACUUAGUAAAAUAAAUAGUAGAAGCUCUCAUUAGUUUAUUAGUACACUCAACAGAUUGAGUGUAAAGCUUUCACUUAAUAUUGUAAUUAAUAAAAGCUCUCAUUAGUAACAGCAGACUGAAAGCAAAGCUUUCACAAAGUAAAUAAAAUAGCAAAAGCUCUGGAUAAAACAGCAGAAUGAGUGUAAAGCUUUCACUUUCACAGUAGACUAGGUGCUAAACUUUCACUUAGUAAAAUAAUUAGUAAAAGCUAUUAGUUACAGCAGACUGAGUGACAAGCUCUCACUAUGAAAAUAAAAUAGCAAAAGCUCUUAAUAAGAAAGAUAGAAUGAGUGCAAACCUUGCAAUUAGUAAAAGAAAUAGCAAAAAAGCUCAUUAGUAAUAACAGAUAUAUAAAAUAAAUAUUAAAAGCUCUCAUAGGUAGAAUAUACAACAUUUUUGAAAACAUUUCACGUUUGGAAAAAUGCAAUAAUAAGUAACUGUACUGUGCUGUAAUGAAAAAUAUUUGAAAAACGCUUUUUCGCUGCUGAGCUCUCAGCGCUUUCAAAAGUUUUCUCAAGAGCUUUCACCAUAUUUUCUUUUGAUGACAAGCAAAUAAGUUGUUAAGUUAAACUUAUGCUGUAAUGUAAAAUAUUUGAAAAACGCUGUUACGCUGCUGAGCUUUCAGCGCUUUCAAAAGCUUUCUCAAGAGCUUUCACCAUAUUUUCUUUUGAUUACAAGCAAAAUAAGUUGGAAAUUAUAAAUACGUUUUAGUUUCCACACAAUUAUUUAUAUAAUGUUUAAAAAUAAUAUUUUAUAUAUAUUUUUUAAAUUAAUUUUUGUUAUGUUUCAAUUUCGUAAUAAAUAUAAUAAUUUUUUUUUUGAUUUUUUCUGAGACGAGGAACUUAAGCAUGCUGACUCUACCAUAACGGUAUUGUUUUUAACUAUACAACUUUAUAAGUAAAUAUAUUAUAUAAAAAAAAAUUAAACUGUAAUCUUAAAAAUCACUUCAAGCUGCUCCAUGUAAAAAUAUUAUAAACUAUUAACAUUAAACAAAAAACGCUAAGAAAUCGUUGAACUUGCAUACAUACUCAACUUUAGAAAAAAAUUAAAUAAAUUAAGGCAUAAUUAAAUUUAGUAAAAAAUACAUUUGUUAGCAACUUUGUUGAUUUGAAGUUAACUAUAUAUUUUGAAAGAAGAAACAUCGAAAAUGAAUAUAUAUUAUUAUUACUUAAAUAUACCAAAAAAACCCAGAAAGAGGAAAAUUACAUAUUUUCAAAUUUAUUUUGUUACAAACAAAACACAGUUCUGUGUAAUUAAACAGCAGCAAUUAAAUUAAAAAAAAACUUUAGAGCCAAGUCUCAAUUAUUUUUUCGAACAAGAAACACAUUCUGUCAAAUUAACUACAACACAUACAUACAUACACAAAUAUAUGUGUGUAAUCUAUGUGUAUUUAAUAUGUAUAUGUAUUGCGUAACCCAAGUCAACUUAGUUCUGUAUGUAAAUAUCUAUUGUAUACUGUAAGGAUCCAUCAUUUAAUUCGUUUUCUAUAAGACUUGUUAUAGAUUUUAUUAAUAUUUAAUACUUAAAAGCAAAAACAAAGCCGAAAGCAAAUUGUAUACCAAACUAUGUAUUGUAUGUACUAUAUUUUAAGCGAGCCAUGCAACUUAAGUAAAGUCCAAACUUGAAGCCAAAAAUCGAAACCUUUCUUAAAUGCUUAAACUAAACAGCAGUCAUACCAAUAUAAAAUCGUAAAGCACCCAUACAUACAUGCAAAUCGACCUAAAUGUGUAUGUGUGCGUUUGCCCAAAUGGCAAUUAACUGUUCACUGUUUAUCCUCAACUUGUAAGAUAACUCAUUGUAGUGAAAUACUUCCUCUAAAUAAUUUCAUUAUGCAAUUUUCCAUGUGAAAACAAGUUUUUUGUUAAUAAAAAAAGAAUUUGUUGAAUUUUUUUUAUUUGUACCGGUUUGAAUAAAAUUUUAGAAACAAA